AUGUCAGUUUGUUAUCUUAUAACUAGAAAUUCGCAUAAUGAAUUAGAUUUAAGCACAACGUUGUUUCAGCUCUUACAACGAUAUAUGUUUGAUAUUUACUCAGUAAUUGGUCCAGUGGAUGAUAUUGGAUCGGUCUAUCGAAACCUUCGUCCAAUAUGGGCAAACAAUACUUCUUCACAUUUAAUCGAUCCAUGUGUGAGAAUUUUGUCGAAAAUACCAUGUUCCAGGUUUGCUGUACUAAAUUAUCUUGGUAUGCUAAUACAUGAGGCGACUCAUUUACAUUUAUCGAAAAAGGAAAAUCCGCAUAUUGGAACAGACACCACUAACAUUGAACGUGCUGUACGAAAACUCACUGGUGAAUUUCGUCGUAUAUUAUCUACAGUACAAUCAAAAGGCCUUGCAUUUGACAUUCUUGUGUGGGCUUGUAAUUUGUUCGUAGAAAUUUGUAAGCUUAAUUACGAGCGUCCAAUUGCAAAAACCACUGGUAUUACAGCUUCUGCUCUGCUUGGCUUAUUCGAUUCAUGUCCAUCUAUAACGAAUGCGAUCAAAUUAACUGACAAAGCAAUUGCUUUUUUACUGCAUGUUGCUCCGGAAGAGUGCCUGUCUGUGCUUAUUGAUGCUUCUGCUAAUGGUUUUUGUUUUGCCUGGAUAUGGAUGCACAUUGCUGUUUCAUUUCCUGACACAAUUGUCGCUCAUCUUUUAAGAUUGGGUAUUCAAGAAUUAAUGCAUUACCAUUCUGUGGUACAGAACAAUAAAGCAUCUAUUGAUCUUCAUGAAAGUUAUAAGCAAAAAUUUUUAUUAUUGUGUGAUGUUUUCACAUUUCUUGCAAAUCAAAACAAUACAGAAUUAAGGAAUGCUGCACGUGAACUGAUAACUAAAGAUAGAGAAAAUUUGGAGAGUGAAAUUACCACUCCAGAACAAAUGCAGUGUUUUUCAUUACCAUUUUUGAUCAAAAUGAUUGCUAGUUCCACGGAUUUAUUACGAUUUUUGGUACAUAGUACAUAUGAUUUGGUUACUACGAAAUUUGUUGUGAAUGGUGUAAAAUACAUUUCACUUCUGGACAGGCAGUGUCUCCUACCUAUUUUAUCCAACACGGAUUAUAAUUAUACCGCUUUCAUUCGCCAAAUGACAUUUUAUUUAGAUUCAAAUGCUUUAGCGCAUAUCGUGGAAAUAGUACUGCCAAUAGCUUUUGAUGAUAACAUUUUCAGAACGAUGAAUAAUUGCGACCAGUCAUUAUGCUCAUUGAUGAAAGAUGGUGCUUUACAAAUUUUGUCGGAUAUAAUCGGAAAGGUGUUAUCAUCAGUUCAUAAUCAGACAGCCUUUAAUGUUAACGAUAAUGCUGUUCUGAAACGAUGUGCUUGUAAUCCUGAGGUUUUGAAGGAAACAAUUGGAUAUGCUAUGGCUGGUGGAGAAAAGUCGAAGCUGUUCAUUCCCUACAUUCAUUCUUUUUGUAUUGCUUCCGGCCCAGUGCGUACGACCGAAGUUAUUGCAAGAUUUAUUAUGGAAGCAGAAGAUGAAAAACAACUGGCUUGUCUCAAUGCGCUAUUGUCGUCGUUGAUUAUAUUUAAUCCAAAAAUACCAGAAAAUGCUAUAAUCAGUUUUCUUUCCAAUCGUACAGUGUUGAUGCUUCAGAAACAAAACGAAACGCUGGAUUCGAGUUCUUUCGAGUACUUUUACGACGUUAAAUGGCUAUAUAAUUUAAGAACCUUACAUGAAUGGGAAAAGAUGGCGGAUGAUGAACAUAUUUUUAAACACAUUAGGUAUAAAAUGAGAAAGCAUUUCGGUGAGCUAAUGACAGAAAUUUUGAGAUGGAUGUUAGACGCUGUCUCUAGUUUAAAAGAAAAAGAUAAGUCUGAGGUUGAUCAGUCAAUAAAGGCAAAGCGCGAUGCUGUCGUAUUAGCUAGUUUAUCAUUAUGCUCUUCACUAGGACCAGCACCGGUUCUAGAACCAAGAUAUCCUUACAAAUUAAAUGCUCAGUUUGCAUCCUUAGUUGUUCUGUUACUUGAUUUUGUUGGUCAAAAAAAUGAUCAUACAGCUCUCUCAUUGUUUACAACUACAUGUACUAGUAUUGCGGGAUUUUUGAAUUCUCAAGUAGGAUAUGUUCGUGAGCAAUUCAUAAUCCAUCUACUGGAUGAAGUUUUUGCGAAAGCAUCGCAGUUAUUUGGCUCCUCGUCUUUGCAUCCUUGGGAAACAGAGUUACAGUUCCCAGGUGAUUUGCAAUCAAGUAGCUCUUCAGUUGAUGAGUCAAAUACUUAUGGAAAUGAGUUAUUUCAAAAUUCUCUAUUGGACAUGGUUCGAAAAUCACCUAUAGUUCCGCAUAAUCCUGUACAUUUAGCACAUUCAGGUGUUAUUGGUAGAGGUCCUAAACGACUUGAUCCAAAAAACGUGGAAAGCGGGAAUAAAUUUCGUCGUUUGGUUUUUAUGGAAUAUCUUCAACGAUUUUGUAAUUCCAUUGGACCUGAUCAAACUUUGAAGCCCUAUCACCAAGUUUAUAAACAGAUGGGGAUGCGAUUAACAGAUCGUGUUUGUAAAAGUGGUCUUACCGCUGCUUUUAUUUGGGAAGAAUGGGAGCAAGCACGAGAAAUUAUUCCAAGGUACAUUGCAGUAUCGAAAAGACUUGCAGAAAUUCCACUGAUUUGGGAUGUGAUGUUAGCCGUAGCUGAGGUACAUCCCUGUCUAUGGUAUUGUUGUCCAUUAUUAAAGGCUUAUUUAGCUGUCAUUAUGAUACAGCUUGAAAAUUGUCCUGAUCAGCUAGCUCCUCCGCGCAAACAACUUAUUGAAAUGCUUGACAAGUGGUUUUUUCUGACUCGAAAGGGUCAGAUGUUACCAGAGAAAAUGGUACAUUAUUUUGAAAUAAUUAAGAGAGUGACCUGCCGCGAAGGGUUCUUUGUUAUACUUGAUAUCUGGAAAUAUUUUCAGAAUGUCUUGGAUGCAGAAGUACCUGCAGCCAACAUGAUCAAUUCAGCAUUUGAUCGGUCACUCAACUCAUCUACUGACCUUAUAAAGGGUGACCCAACAAAAUUUCGAGAAUCUUGUCGAAUUGUUAUCCAGCGAAAUAUUUCUAAGCUUGGUUACCUUUUCCAAUUAAUAUUUUCUGACGAACUCGGUGCGCAAUCGAACUCAUCGGAAAAUCUUAGUCAAGUUUCAUCAGCGAUGGAAAUAGAAUGA